CAUGACACAGGACAUGUUACAGGACAUGACACAGGACAUGAUACAGGACAUGACACAGGACAUGAUACAGGACAUGAUAGGACAUGAUACAGGACAUGAUAGGACAUGAUACAGGACAUGAUACAGGACAUGAUACAGAACAUGAUACAGCACAUGACACAGGACAUGAUACAGGACAUGACACAGGACAUGAUACAGGACAUGAUAGGACAUGAUACAGGACAUGAUAGGACAUGAUACAGGACAUGAUAGGACAUGAUACAGGACAUGAUACAGGUGCAGGUUCUCAGGAGAUCAGUGGUUCUGACCAAAUUUGCUGCUUGCAAGUGAUUGGGCCAGAGGUCAGCUGGUCAGAGAUUAUGAGCUCUUAUUGGCUCAGAAUGUCUGCUGCCCUAGAGACAUCUGCGGUGGAACAGGAGAACAGGAGUCACACUUGGUGCCUGGAGAACCUUGCAUAACCCGGCAGAACCUAGGAUGACCAUGCAGAAUCCUGCAGGACCUGCCUGGUAAUGUGUUCAGGAUUGGAACAGAACUGUCUCUGGUCUGUGUCCCUGUGUCCUAAUGGGAUUAUAGAGGAGAGAGUGGAUUAGCUGCUUUAGACGUCCCUGAAGAGACUCAGGAAUAGACCAGAGCCUGCAGAGGCAGCGCUACCACAGCCACUGACACAUACUGAAGCAUCAGGGACCCUCCAUGGUGAUCUGCUGGAUUUCCUGGUGAUCUGCUCGACUUCCUGGUGAUCAGCUGGACUCCAUGGUGAUCUGCUGGACUCCAUGGUGAUCUGCUGGACUUCCUGGUGAUCUGCUGGACUCCAUUGUGAUCUGCUGGACUCCAUGGUGAUCUGCUGGACUUCCUGGUGAUCUGCUGGACUCCAUGGUGAUCAGCUGGACUCCAUGGUGAUCUGCUGGACUCCAUGGUGAUCUGCUGGACUCCAUGGUGAUCUGCUGGACUCUAUGGUGAUCUGCUUAAAUCUAACAGCGGGCUAACAGCAGCAGUUAGCAGAAAGCUAAUUUGAGCUAACAGACGGAGAAAUGGACUCGGAGACAGGAAGUUCCAGGAAGGCGUGAAAAGCAGCCUGCAGGCAGAGCUCAGGGCAAACAGCACAACAGUCCUCUUCUGAACCCCCGCCCCCCCCCUUCAUGGCCUUCAGACAAACCUGAGACAUGGACGGCCAAUGGUGGGACGGUGAGGCUGCACCGAAGUCUAUGCAUCCGGUCACCUGGCAACCAUCGAAGGAUGGAGAGCGUCUGAUUGGUCGGAUCCUGCUGAACAAGAGGAUGAAGGACGGGACGAUUCCUGCAGACGCUGGAGCCCUGCUGGGACUCAAGGUUGUGGGGGGGAGGAUGAUGGAGUCUGGUCGUCUCUGUGCGUUCAUCACGAAGGUGAAGAAAGGAAGUCUGGCUGACACUGUGGGGCAGCUGAGGCCAGGUGAUCAGGUUCUGGAGUGGAACGGCCGCGUUCUGCAGGGAGCCACGUUUAACGAGGUCUACAACAUCAUCCUGGACUCACAACCCGAGCCUCAGGUCGAGCUGAUGGUGUCCCGCCCCCUCAGAGAGGUCUCCAGAGCAGACGGGUUCCCGCUGGACUCCACUUUACCUAUCAGCCCCGGCGUUGUCUCCAACCAGGUGUCUACCGGCAACAGGCGUCCUCUGGUCCCCAGGAUCCAGGUGAAGCUCUGGUACGAUAAAGUCGGCCAUCAGCUGAUCGUGACGGUUCUCGGAGCAAAAGAGCUUCCUAUCCGAGACGACAGCCGACCCAGGAACCCUUUCGUCAAGAUUUACUUCCUGCCGGACCGCAGUGAUCAGAGCUACCGCAGGACGAAGACUGUGAGGAAGUCUGUGGAGCCUCGCUGGAACCAGACCUUCAUGUUCUCCUCAGUGCAGAACAGAGACCUGAGGGAGAGGAACCUGGAGCUCACAGCCUGGGACCAGGGGGGGGGGGAGGAGCUGCUGUUGGGGGAGGUAAUCAUACAGCUGGACUCGGCUCUCCUCGAUGAUCAGCCUCACUGGUACAAACUGCAGCUGCCCAUCACCCCCCCCAUCCUGCAGAGGAGGGGUCUGCAGAGUCCUUACUAUAACUCAGGCGCUCUCAGGAUCAGUGAGUUAGAAGAGUGUGAGGAUGGCAUUGGGGUCAUCUCAGAAUACCGGCUAAGUAGACGGGACUUCCACAGCUCCACCCAAUCAGUGCCGGAGCAGGCCAUGAUGGCGUACGAUCAGAGUGCUCGCUCCGACCUAGUCCGGAUGAGGUCACGGUCUCCGAGCCAGCCCUCCCCCCUCAGCGGUAACCCUCUGUACCCCCUGUACCGGGAGGAUGCUGUGCGGCUGCUGCGCGGAUCCAGACUCAACCGGGCCUCCUCCGACGCCGGCCAGUACAGCAGCCUGGAGAGGAGAUCUCUGAGGAGGAUGUCCGGGACCUCUCUCGAUUGUCCUGGGAGAAAUUUCACGGGUCCUAACCAGUGGACAAACCAGAUGAUAAACGGGAGCUCUGAGGACUACAGUCAGGACUUCAUCCCCGACUUCCCCUACGAACCCGGCACCUACGACGAGGAGCAGCUCAGGGUGAACCUUCGAGGUGGAUCAGCCGGGGCGAGUCCAACAGGAACGCCAGUCGCCAGCCGCCGAGGGCGGCAGCUGCCCAUUGUCCCGCCCAAAGGUGCUCCGGACAGAAGUGCGUCUGUAAAUCCUUCCACUCAUCUAUUUUCAGCAGCUCCUCCUGCUCCAGUUUUAUCCACAGAAGCAGCAGCAACUGUAGCCCCUCCCCCUGCCACUCAGCAGCCACCUCCUGUUAUACGGGUCCAAGGCCCGCGUCCACUAGUACCUGCAAACCCUAACCCACCUUUUGCACCAGCACCUGUUGCUACACCUGCACCAGCACCUGUUGCUACACCUGCACCAGCACCUGUUGCUACACCUGCACCAGCACCUGUUGCUACACCUGCACCAGCACCUGUUGCUACACCUGCAUCAGCACCUGCACCUGCACCAGCACCUGUUGCUACACCUGCACCAGCACCUGUUGCUAAACCUGCACCUGCAGCAUCACCUGCACCAGUAACUGCUCCAGUCCAAGCGCUGCCUCAAACUGCACCUGUAACUACACCUGUAACUACACCUGUUGCUGCAUCUGCACUUGCUCUAGUCCAAGAUCCAGUCCAAGCCCCGCCCCCUGUAUCUGUGCCGGCCCAAGCCCUGCCCCCUGUACCUGCUACAGCCCAAUCCCCUCCGUCUGUACCUGUUUCCGCUCCAGUGGCUGCUGAGGCCUUGCCCCCAGCUGCUGCCCCGACCACGGUCCAAUCACUCCCUUCUCCUGAAGCAGCUCCAGCCCCUGCACCUGAACCGGCCCCUCAGAAUCCAGAGCCCGACAGACGCCCAACCACACCUGGAGGAACCAAAAAAGAGGUGAAGUGGGAGGACCUGCAGAAAAAAGCAGCCAAUGGUGUGAUGAAGGAUCCUCUGAAGCUGAACGACAGUCUGUCCAGUGACAUCAGCGACGUGUUGGCCAUGUCCAGGAUCAGUCCAUCAGUAGAGUCGGAAGCGGGGUCAGAGGGAACACAGGAAGUAGCGGGGGCCUCGGAGGGCGCGGCCUUACUGAAGAAGAGCGAAUCAGUGGAAGAGACGGAAGAUGAGGAGAACUGGAACCUCCGAACUUUGUUUCCCCCCCUGCAGGGCCUGCAGCCCCUCCUGUGAAGGCGCCAGGUGCCGGGGGGGAGGUCUGUUCGCUCGGAGGAACGACGACGAUGACGAUGACAAAAGAAACGCUCGGGCUUCGGAGCGAAGAUGAUGGGGCUGGUGGGGCUGGGCAAGAAGAGCCAGAACACCCAGAUCAACCCCGAGGAGGAAGAGAAGAAGAAGAAGGUGAUCAGACUUCCUGGUCCAGAGGAGCGUAGAAACCGGCCUCGCAGUCGAUUUCAAAGCUCGCUUCACCCGCCAGCCGAGCCGUGACCCCGACGCCGAGGACCCGAAGCCCGGAGCGCUGAUCUUCCCGGGCGUUAAGCUGGCGACGGAUAAACACUUCACUGGUUUCCUGGAGAACCUCGGUCCUGCCCAGCUGGCCGGGAGGCAGACGCUGGCCACGCCCGCCAUGGGUGAUAUUCAGAUCGGGAUGGUGUACAGGAAGGAGCGUCUGGACGUGGAGGUGAUCCGAGCCCGCGGCCUCGUGGGUAAACAGGGCAACAAGAAUACACCAGCCCCCUAUGUGAAGGUUUACA